AUGGCCACUGCCACUCAAACUGCUCUCUUCGGACCUGACCUCUACCCUCCUAUUGAGAAGGUAUCCGGUCAGCUCUCUGAAGACAUGAAGAUCGAAUUUCUGGCUUGGACCCGGGAUUUGAAGGACCUUCCUGAUCCCGAGCUCCUCGCUACGGCAGCUCCCAGCCGUCUGGCCUUUCUGCCUCGUGGUGAAUACCUCCUUCGUUGCUUCCGAGAAUCUUUCCCCGAUGUCCCAGACACCCCCUUCUGGCACGCCGUGGCAGAGCAAGUCUACGGCUUCACCUGGUGUCUGUCAGACAACACCAAGCUCUGCCACGAAUGCGUGCACGGGAGCUGCACCGCCGGCGUGCUGGCCUGCUUCCCAGACUACCUCCACUUCUUGGGCGAGCUCCCCGUGGUGCUGGACAUCUGCACGCAGCGCGUCAGCGAAUACAUUGAGCACGUCCACCGAGACCACGGACCCGGCCCGCACCGCAAGAUCAUGGACGCCUGGCUGAUGUGCGUGCAAUCCGUAUAUCUGGACGUGUUGCAUCCCAAAGCGACAGAGUUGAAGUUCCCCGACGACGAGCGGCGGAGCAUCAGCUACCGGCUGAUCAACUCGGCGGGCCGUGCAUUAGCCCUGCAUGCGCAGCUGGAACAGCCGCUGAUCGGCACGGACGAGGAAGUGGAUGCCGUUUCGUUUGCGUCCACUGUGAUGCAUGAUAUCUGUGACUAUCGGCAUGAUAAUAUGGCCAAGGAGUAUUACAAUCUGUUGACGAUUGUCAGUGUGCACCAGGAAGUGCCUGGCACGGCCAUGGUGCGACGAUUCUGCAUUGAUGUGUGGGCGUGGGCGCUGGACAACGGCGCCCUGUGGGCCAUUCAUCUGGCAGGCCGCGAAUUGGCCUGGCAGAUCUACAUGGCGCGGUAUCAGACCGGGUUGUUGCUGGACAAGUUGAUGCCUCCUUGCAGUCCGGGGUCUGAUGUGGACCCGUACGGCGAUGCGGUGCUGAAUGCCAUGAACCCGAUGCUGAAGGCAGUGGGACGCAGCGACCAGCUAGGGAACUAUUCGUUGCGAGACCGGUGCCAGAACCCGCAACGCUACGAUGAACUGCUCCAGCACUGUGUCCUACAUUUCAAGGAGUGUUCGAGAUGCCGGGGCUACGAUGCGAUGACCUGGCAGGAGCGGGUGCCGGCCAUCGGAAAGGCGUAUGAGAAGAAGUAUACGGACUGCAGCUGCAUGAACAUCAUCAGUGCGUAUAUGAUCCUCACCUCGCCCGAUCGGCUGUGGUGGUUGGCGGAUCCAACUGCUGAGUAUACUGGACCUCAGGAGAAAUGGUCGGCGCUGUUGUGCUAGACGUCUGAUUAGGCUGUAGCAAUUGUCAGCCGAGACAAGCCUAUUCACGCAAGAAUGCCUUGUGAUCGUGUUUUUUUGUUGCUAGCUUCUUUGUCUGAACUGAUCCAGAAUGGAAGUAAUGAGUUCUCAGUAGUUGAAUUUGAAAUCAAUCCGCUUAUGCGAUGAUGUUGUGAUCUUGAUUGUAGCCCCGUCGGUGGUUGGAAUAGUAGUAAAGUCCAAUUACAACUAUUCUGCUGUCUGCACCAUCUUGUCCACAGUGACAAUAGUGAUAGGGUUCUGAAUGUCUUCUCGACGGUUCACAAAAGCCAUCAGUCGCUCCUACAUAUUCCAAGCUUAGCAUCCAUGGGACACGAUUAUUCUUCACUUCUUAAGACAUG